UCUACCAUGUACCAGGGCCUGACUGUUGGCCUAGGACACCAACUGCUGACAUAGAUCCACCAGUGUUCAAAGAGAAGAAGGGCAGAAAGCAAACAGCUAGGAGGAAGGGGCAAUUUGAGGUCCCAACAAAGAAGGAUACAUCAAGGAUGGCAACUAUCACCUGUAGCAACUGCAAGAUGCAGAAACAUAGGUACACCUACUGCCCUCAGCCCCUGAAGCCUCAUCUGCAGGCAAGAAAGGACAAGCACAAGACAACCAGAACUCACUACCAUGGAGCUGGGGGAAGUUCUACUGCUACUGCACAGCCUGCAACCAGUGCACCACCUGCUGCAACUACUAGGGUUAGAAGAACAACUGCUACUGGUCAUUCCCAGCCUGCUACAUCUACCAGGGGAAGAAAAUCAACUGCUGCUUCUACUGGUCCUGCCCAGCCUGCUGCUUCUACAAGGCCAAGAAGAACAACUGCUGCUUCUACAAGGGCAAGCAUCACCAUUGAUGCUUCUACUACUUCCCAGGCUGCCACAAGAGCUUCAGGUUCAAGCAAUGCAGCCAGCAGGAGAGGUGGAAGGCCCUACAUGGCACCUAGGGCUGCAACUACAACAGAGGGAGCAACAGUAGGGUCUAAAAGGAAGAGGUUCCAGAGCACCAGGAUGAGGGGUUACUUUUAUGCCAGUGGCAACUAGUCAGUGCACAAUUUGGCUGUUGUCUUUUGAACUGCCUGCCUUAAGUAUUUCAUAAACUAUG